AUGUCACAGACUCUUCAGAUUCUUGAGGAUCCGGAUUAUCAGGUGGAGAAAUCUUUGCUUGAGGCCUUCGCAAAGGAGGAGGCAGAGGGCCGGAUGUUCCCUUUGUCUUUGGCGGAGGCGCGCCAGCGCUAUCCUGGAUCGUCGCUUCGCGUGGCGGCUCAGGCAGUGAUUCCGAAACCUGACCAGGACUUCAGAGUGGUCCAUGACGGGACUCACGGGGUCCAGGUAAACAAUGAGAUCGUCAUGAAGGACCGUCUUGAAUCUCCGGGGGCCAGGGAGGUUUCUUCUAUCCAGAAGUUGGGCACGGUCUCCGACGAGAAGGUGCUCUUCGGGCUGGUUGGGGACGUGAAGAAGGCUCACCGGAGGUACUUGCACCAUCCGGAUCACUGGGGGGUGCUGGCGUGCCGAUCGCGGAGCGACUCCUCGGUGGUCUGGUUAAAUCGGACUGGGACUUUCGGCAUAGCGUCGGCGGCUUAUUGGUUUGCUCGCCUCAUUGGCUUGGUUGGCCGCCUCACCUUCCGGAUCCUUUUGGAGGCAUUCGUCUUCAUGCUGAUAUAUGCUGAUGACUUGCAUCUUUUGAGCGGUGGUCCGGAGCGAUGGAUUAAUCUUUGGAUGGCGUUGGCUUUGCUGUGUAUGCAGGGAACUCCGUUCUCAGAGAAGAAAUGGCGCGGCGGCCUUCAGCUUGACUGGGUAGGUUAUUGGAUCGACUAUGGUCGUUUCAAGUUGGGGAUCUCAGAGAAGAGAUGCCAUUGGAUCAUCCGUGGCAUUGAGGGCAUGGAAGGUAACGGAUGGCUGGUGGACGUGAGACGCUUCCACGAGCUGCACGGGAGACUUGGGUUUAUGUCCCAGGUACUUGUCUGGAUCCGCCCUUUCUUAGCGCCUGGAUACGCCUGGCUCGCCGCUGUGCGCAAAGGCGCGGUUCUCUCCCUGCCGAACCUUAUCAGAUGUGUCUUGAGGUUUAUCGCGGAUCGCUUGAGACUUGGGGCGAGGACUUAUGAUUCAGGCCGCCUUGAAAAGGACUUCGGGGAGCUCUUCAGGACGGAUGCUGCUUGCGAUGAAUCUUCGAUUGUUCUCGGGGGAUGGUUCCUUCACAAGGGGCCGGACCCUGGCAAGGCACCGUGGUUUCAGAUCGCUCUUGAUAAGGAAAGUGUCCCUUGGCUUUUCAAGGAAGGCCUCGGCAGCUCAUGGGCGAGCACGUCGGCCGAGAUGCUGGCGUCACUGGCAGCUUUGCAUAUCUUGAAACGUGACUUUCGGAGCAUCUGGGAUGGACCUGGUCUCUUUCAGGCUUGUUUCUGCGGGGGGACGGAUAAUAAAUCUGCCGAUGCGCUUUCUUGCAAGCUGCUUACCACUCGAGUCCCUCUGAUGUUCGUCGUGAUGGAGUUCGUGACUUUCUGCGAUGGCCUCGGCUUCAGAUGCAAUUUGAGCUGGAGGCCGAGGGACUCCAAUCAGAAGGCCGAUCGCAUCACGAAGCACAACUUCUCGGACUUUGAUGAAUCUCUGAGGAUCCCUUUCAGUUGGUCCGAUAUGACCAUGUCAGUUCUUUCUCCUCUCUUGAGGUUUGCGAACUUUCAGUCGGAGAUUGAUGAUAUCAGGAUAUCCACUCUGGAAGAUGUCGGUUCAACCCCAAGGAUCAGAUUCGAGAAGAGCCAGUGGGGUUAA